CUGGUUGCCUAUAGGAGCCAACCUUCUCGUGACUCCCAACUCCAACCCACGUAAUAAAACACACACACACACACACAUUAAAUACGCUUUCACCACACAUUUCUCUUUUCCUUCGUUCACACCUCCUGCUUGAAUUUUCCAGCUGUGGGUUUUCGCUCUAGAUUGAAUUGCAUCCUUAUCUCCUUUCACACCUCUGAAUCUUGCUCUUUGAGGGGAGAGAAUUGAUGGGUUCUUGCUGCAGCGCCCGAAUACGGGCGCACCAUAGCCCUCAGAGAGAUGGGCCAAGUUCUAGGCAUGUUAGCUUUGAUGGGGGGGAGACGAGCAGCAGGCGCUCGUCUCCCUCGUUGCCAUUGACCCCUCGGAAUGAGGGUGAAAUCUUGGACACCGGGGGUUUGAAGAGCUUCGGAUUCAAUGAUCUCAGGAUAUGUACUAGAAACUUCCGCCCCGACAGUGUGUUGGGGGAGGGUGGAUUUGGCUGCGUCUUCAAAGGGUGGAUCGAUGAGCAGACUUUCAAAGCCGCCAAGGCGGGGACAGGAACGGUUAUUGCUGUCAAGAGACUGAAUCAAGAAGGUUCACAAGGUCACAAAGAAUGGCUGACAGAGAUCAAUUAUCUAGGGCAGCUCCACCAUCCGAAUCUAGUGAAACUGAUCGGCUAUUGCUUGGAGGACGAGCACAGGCUUCUGGUUUACGAGUUCAUGCCUCGUGGCAGCUUGGAGAAUCACUUAUUCAGGAGGACGUCGUAUUUCCAGCCGUUGGACUGGACUCUACGCAUGAAGGUCGCCCUUGGCGCAGCAAGGGGGCUCGCGUUCCUUCACAGCCCGGAAGCCAAAGUUAUAUAUCGCGAUUUCAAGGCCUCCAAUAUCUUGCUUGAUGCUAACUACAACGCGAAGCUUUCUGAUUUCGGGCUGGCUAAGGACGGGCCACUCGAUGGAAGAAGCCACGUAUCCACACGAAUAAUGGGCACCUAUGGCUAUGCAGCUCCGGAGUAUAUGGCCACAGGCCAUCUGACUGCCAGGAGCGACGUGUAUAGCUUUGGUGUCGUGCUCCUAGAGAUACUGACGGGGAGGCGCGUGCUGGACAAGAACCGGCCCCAUGGAGAGCAGAACCUGAUCGAAUGGGCGAGGCCUUACCUAGCAAGCAAACGGAGGGUGCUACGCGUCAUGGAUGCCCGUAUAGAGGGCCAGUACACGCCUGGUGCGGCCCUACGAGCAGCGACACUAGCUGUGAAAUGCAUAGCCAUGGAGCCUAGGUACCGGCCCACGAUGGACGAGGUUGUGAAGGCUUUGGAACAGCUUCAAGACACAGGUAUUCUCAAGCCUGAAGAAGCUCAGAGACAUCUUCACAUUAAAAGUGCACAGAAUUCAACCAGAAAAACUGCUUCCUAUCCAAGACCUUCUGCUUGAUUAUAAGGGGAAAAAAAAGAUUAAAAAAAUGCAAUCUUUUUUGAAGGGUUGUGGCUAAAUUAGUCUAGUGUUUUUUGGGCUUGAGAGAUCUUGAAAUUGUGGGAUUUCUGGACAAAUUUGCUCCGGGGGGUUUCUUGAAUAUCACCGGGAAUCGCACGGGAGAGGAGACGUCGUGGGGCCGAUUUUCGAAAAUUUGGCGGGAAAAUCGGUGGGCGGAGGGACGUUUCGUCUCCCCGUGCAAUUUUCCGGUGAUAUUUAUGACCCGAAAUCGCGCGAUUUUAGGGGUUUUGUAAAGACCAAAAAUUGACUAGAAGUGAACUAGUUUAGUCACUCCCUAAAGUUGUCUUCCCCAAAUUGAAAUGUGGUUUGUAUAUGUAAUUAGUUGAAAAGGCACAAUGAGAAGUGUUGCUUAGGUUGUGCAGUAGUCCCCAAUAUGAAUUGACUUAUUUUUGUGUGGGAGUUUUAAUUGCUUACACCACCAAUUUAACAAAUUUAUGUACAGUUGAAAUUUCUUU